AUGUACUGGCAGCAGUGGCGCGAGAAUCCAAAGUCCCUGCCCCUCAUGAAGAAACAAAAGGAGCCCAAAAGGAAGCUCUGCGCAUAUGACCGGGCACCCAGGGACCUUGCCUCGACAUAUUGCCGCUCCGCUGCGAGCGAUGUCAAGAUUGUUGGAAUCAGCGCCAUCGGCUCCGGAUGCCCCGCCGGUCACGCCUUUGCUACCGUCGACUCUACCGGCACUAUCUUCGACGUCGCCUUCGACCAGUUCUCUGUUGUGGACACCACCUUCAGCGGCUACGCCUCUCUCGCCGCUGGCCAGACUGGUACAUGCCGGGCCGCCUAUUCCUUCUCCGGCGGUGGUGCUUCUGUUGCUGCCCAGAAGACCAUCCGAGGUCCCGUCGAGACGAACUACGAGAUGAAUGAAAAGGUCGAUAUCAUCACCUGGUCCCAGUGUGGAGACUACACCGCCAUCCUCAACGUCAACUCCGAGGUCCGCAUCUCGCCAACCAGCAGCACCUCCAAGGGCCUGAUGACCGUCGACUCUUUCGAUGGCCGACUUCACGUGCAGUUCAUGGCCAGCUGGCGUCGCUGCUAA